CGAGCAUUGAUUUUCUUUGGCGUUCGGCAUGCAUCUCCAAACAAGAGCCAAGAGCUAACCAUGAUGUUCCACACCCCAUAAAAGUCUAAGUUCACACAAAACACAAAGCAAUUCACCCACCAUGACAACAACAACCACAACCCAUGAAGUUCAGUUGGCGGUCUACGAUCUGUCUCACGGCAUGGCCCGUCAGCUGUCGGCUCAAUUUUUGGGUCCAGCACAUGCCAUUGAAAUAAUCCCUCAUACGGCUGUGGUGGUGUUUGGGCAAGAGUAUUUUUUCGGAGGAGGCAUCCAACACCAAGAUCCGCAGCAAUUCCGUCAAAUGAUGGGAAUUCACCCGGUGCAAGUCCUGUCCUUGGGUCAGACGACGGUCACAAAAGCCGAUUUUGAUCAGUGGUGUCAGACUUGCAUGCAAUCGGGACGAUACUCCAUGCAGAGCUACGAUCUUUUGAAUCACAACUGCAAUAACUUUUCGCACGAUGCUGCCAUGGAAGGACUCAAGUUGUCCAAGGGAGUGCCCGACUGGAUUCUACAGGUUCCAAGGACAUUUCUCUCGUCUCCCAUGGGACAGAUGAUUCGACCCAUGUUGGAAAACAUGCAAGUAGGAGCUGCUGGUGGAGGAGGAAUGGCAGCUCCCUUUGCCAAUGCACCCACCAGCACAUUUGCAGCUGCACCCAGUCCCCCCCCUCCAAUGACCAAUCCAUGGGCCAACAUGCCAUCCAACACCAAGACAGCAGCCACAAAUCCCCCAAAGAAAGAAACACAAAAUGGGAAAUCUGCCAGCAAGGGGACGCCUCUGCUAGAUUCCUUCUGCAAACCACUCUUGUCCAGUGACAGCAAAACCAUUCCUCUUUGCAUCAAAAAAAUUACCGACAACCUACAGGAUUCAGCCGACAAGGAAACCUUGGAGAGUAUUGGAAAAGCACUGACAAACAACACCAACAAUCAAAAAUUGACAUCAGAUCAAGUGCAACAGGCUUGUCAAAUCAUUCAUUCCAAAAUAUUGCAACCAAAUAAUAAGGCCAUUACAUUUGCCUUGAUGCUCUUGCGGGUCAUUCUAUUGCAAUCCACGGGUCAAGAAACAGCAGCCCAAGCCUGCUUGGAAUGGAUCACCACACAAAUCACAGGAUUGUCCAGUCACGCCGCUCGAGCCAUGGCGUGGUUGUCACUCAGCAAUGCCGUGUCACUGUCUUGGUGGGCAGCACCACAAGAUGGCAUUCUAGAAGCUGCCAUUGGAGAUUUCAAUGUGGAAUCGCAACCACGACAAGAAGUGCGACAGGCUGCGGCCGCCUUUUGCUAUAAUUGGGUCUUGCAAUCAUCAUUUUCUGACAAUGCGGAAUUAUCCGAUGACCAAGUAUCGUUGCUCUGCGCCAGUCUCGAAAGCAUCGCUAGUGAACCUGAUGCCACCACAAAGCUGAGACGAGUGUUGGUGGCGGCAAGGAUUCUAAUGCCCUUGGAACAGCAGGUAUCUGUUCCUGCCAAGACACUCAUGCGGGACCUGGGUUUCCCCGAGGCCAUUCAAGAGGUAGCGCAAACUACGGCGGAUACCACGGGGGAUGCUCAAAAGUGUCAAACCCUGGCCAGGGAAAUGCUGAAUAUUUUGGGGGGUUAGUGCU